UAGUCAAGCUCAGUUCAAUUGCGGCCAGCUUUGUUGGCGGACGUCUCAGGCGGUGCUUUUUAUACCAAAAACCAAAACAAAACAGAAACUAAACCGAAAUCUUCUGCCAUUUUUUUAACUGUGCUAAAUGUGCGAGCGAGAGGGAAACACCAGAAAAAGCGGCUCAAGUGAAGAGUAAAACCUCUAAAACAAAAGAACGGUGUGUGGAGUAAACAACUGCAGUGACCGAAAAACCUUUAAAAGGUAACGAGAUAAAAGAAAUACCUGCGAAGAAGAACCCAAAGCGGACGCAAGAAGAACAACAACACGUUUAGCGGGGUUAACGACAAAGAUGCCCGAGUGAUCGAGCCGAAGCAGCAAUCGCCAGUGGGAAAAGCGGGAAAAGUGGGAAAAGCGAGGGGAGGUCAUGAGGAUGCACCUGAGUGGUCGCGAGGUGCGGGAGCUGCUGCGCAAGGAUCUGCUGGUGCGAUGGCGCCAGAAGGGCCUCAGCCUGAUCCUGCUGGCCUGGCCGGUGAUGGUGUUCAUGCUGCUCUACCUGAUCCGCCUCAAGUACGGAUCGGAGGAGGUGGCGGCCUGCCAGUACCCCACCCGCCUGCUGCCCACCAAGAACCAGGUGGUGCCCGCCGCCUUCUCCUACAUCUGCAGCAUUGAGAACCGCUGCCAGCCGGCGCAUCCCUACGAGGAGUACUCCCACUGGAAGGAGGCGCCUCUGCACUCCGUGAUCGAUGUGGUCAACGCCUUCGUGACCGACGAGCGGCUCCACAAGGCCGUCGUGGAGCUGGCCGAGAAGGCCAACUUUGUGUCGGCCAUCACCACCCUGAUCACCAGCGAUCGACUCGACAUCAUUCGCAGUAACAUAAGUGAAAUAAUUUCCCUGGUGCCCGAAAUCGAGCGACGGAUGAACUACAGUUUCGACAUCAAGAAUUUAUUUUCAAAUCGCGAGACCUUCGUAAAGCUGGGCGUCCUGCUGUGCGGCCAUCCUUUCCCCAACACCGAUACCAUACCGCUGGUCAAUGAGAUCCUGGAAUCGGAGGACUUUAGCCAGGCCAAUGAUGCGGAACUCGAUGCGAUGCCGAACCGUCGUCGUCGUCGAUCCGAGGAUCUCCCCACGGACUGGAGGCCAACCAAAUAUUGCAAGCGUCUCUAUCGGGAUGUGACCUCUACCAACCAAGGAAAACUCACCUGGAACACCAUAAAGCCCAUUAUCCAGGGUCGGAUUCUAUAUACCCCCGCCAAUGUGGCGACCGACAGCGUGGUGAAGUUUAGUAAUGCCACCUUCGAGGAGCUGGACAGGCUGAAGCAACUUUCCCGGGCCGCCGCCACUAUUCUCACCAAACUGCACACAAAUGCCACUUUCCAGGAGGCCUUCGACAAUCUCCUUAAGCUGGCCAAAUCCCCGCUGGUCAAGAGUUUGGUUGGCGAUGACUUCGAUGUUGGGGAAAUCGAACGGGUGUUCCAGUAUAUUCGCACCAACCAGCUGAUAUACGAUAUUCUCACCACCGUGGCGGAUCUCAUGGAUUGCGUAUCGGCGGAUCGUUUCGAGGCUGUGGAGAGUGUGGAGGAGCUGCAGAAGAGGGCCUACGAACUAAAUCAGAACAAGCUCUUCUUGGCCGCCCUCAAUCUGGAGGAUGUGGCUCUCAAGCAGUCCUCCUACCGCCUGCACAUGGACACGGAUAAUACGCAACCGACUUUCGAGAGCCGAAAUAGAUUCUGGUUCCCCGGACCCGCCGACAGCAUGGUCAUCGAUCUCAAGUACCACCGGGGUUUCGUUCAGCUCAAGCAGAUGGUCGAUCUGGGAAUUAUCAAAUACAAACGAAACGAGACGGGUUUCGCGCCGGAAGCGGACCCCCUUGAAAGCGGGCGAUCCCUGAGUAGUCUAUUCAGUAUCAAGCAAGUGGACAACGAUGAGGAGGACGAUGAUGAUUUCGAUCUCAGUCUGGAGGGAAGCGGUGCGGAACAGGCCACCCAAAAGGUUUCGCCAUUGGCAGAGGAUCAAGAUAGCACCACAAUGCCCUCUGAAGAGGGAGGGGUUGAGGUCACCACCGAAGAAGAAAGGGUCACCACGGAACAGUUAGCGGUAAAUGGUGAACCCGAUCUUCUGCUGCUAAACAAUGAUGAUGUUCUGAAGCGCUCCAAGCGCCAGGGAAUCUUCGAUUUGCUUGGAGGAUUGGGCGGAUCUGGGGAUGCCAGCAAGAAAAAUAAAUUCGAAGUGGACAACAUGCAAUUCUACACCAAACAAUUUCCCUAUCCCGCCUUUCUCAAUGAUGUCUUUAAACGUGGUUUGUACUUGGCCCAAGGUGUUCAGGUGGCCUACCUUCUGGGUCUGGUGGUUUUCGUGGCCCUUUGUGUGAGAGAACGUAUUUGGAUGCGGGAGAGCCGAAAUAGCAUGUUGAUGCGAUCGAUGGGCCUGAAGGCACAUUCCGAGCUGGUGGCCUGGGCUCUAAUGAGUUUCCUGGAGCUCUGUGGGAUCUUCGUGCUGAUCAGUGUGGUGCUCUACAGUGGCGGUAUCUUGGGUUACACCAACUGGUUCUUCAUGAUGUUCUACUGUCUAAGCUUCGGCAUUUGUCUGAUUUCGUUCUGUUACAUGUGCUCCAACUUUUUCAAUUCGGCGAACAUUGGAGCGGUGGCCUCCGCCCUUCUGUUCUUUAUCAGCCUGUGUCCCUUCAUUAUUGUGCUGAUGUUCGAUGCCAAGUUGAGUGUCUUCGAGAGCUUCCUGGUGGACCUGUCCUUCACCACGGCCUUCGCCAAGGGCUGGGGCGAGCUGAUGCGGAUGGAGCUGCAGCAGGAGGGUCUGACCCCGGGUCACCUCAUCCAGGUGGGUCCGGCGAGGAGCGAGUGCGCCAUGGCGCUCCUAAUGUUCCUCCUGGACUUCCUGCUCUAUGCAGUCAUUGGGCUGGCCUAUCAGCGUUACAAGAAGAAUAACUAUAGCUUUGUAAAGGUCAGUCGGUCGCAGUUGGACGAUAAACUGGGCGCCUCGCUGGUCAAUGUCACCAAAUUGUUUGGCAGCAAGUGCGCCGUUUCCAACUUGAGCCUCGACUUCGCCCGCAACCAGGUGAGCUGCCUACUGGGACGGAAUGGAGCCGGCAAGAGCACCCUGAUCAAGCUGCUCACCGGCCAGAUCCGCCAGAGCAGCGGCAAGGUCCUCCUGGCCGGGGAGCACCAGGUGGGCGUCUGCUGGCAGGACAAUAUCCUCAUACCCACGCUGACUGCUCGCGAGCACCUGCAUCUGUAUGCCCGGAUCAAGAUGCCGCCAGGUGAGAGCGGUGGGGCUGAGGAGAUCCGCUCGGAGGUGGCCCGCACCCUGCAGAGCCUCAACUUUGGCCAACACGAGUCCUAUCCCUCGUGGCAGCUCUCCGGGGGCUACCGACGCCGCCUCUGCGUGGCCAUCGCCUUUAUCGCCUCACCCAGCGUGGUCAUCCUGGACGAGCCCUGCAACGGGGUGGACGCCAAGGCCAGGAAGGACAUCUGGCAGCUGAUCGAGCGCCUGCGCCAAGGGAGGGCCGUCAUCUUCGCCACCCACUUCCUGGACGAGGCCAAGUACCUCAGCGACUCGCUGGUGAUAAUGCGCAAUGGUCGAAUUAUCGCCCAGCACAGCCGGGAUUCCCUGCAGCGGUUGUGCACCUCGAACUACAGCAUCCGCAUGCGAUGUGCCGAUGCCACUGGAGUGACCUACAUUGCCCAGAAGGCCCAGCAGCUUCUGCCCCAGAGCCAGGUGAUCCCUUCGGGAGUCGCUGAUCAUCCGCACGGCCUGACCAUCAGCGCCAGCUAUGCGGAGCAUUUGACACCGGGUGCCGUGGAGUUCCUGGAGCUGCUGCAGUCCCAGGAGGCGGCUGGCGGCAUCAGCGAUGUGGAGCUGACGAGCAGUUCCAGCCUGGAGCAGGAGUUCGAGCAGCUGAACAGGAAUGGCGAGGAGCCACGACGACAGGCCAACGGGGAUCGGAGUAGGGGCGUGGUAGCCGGACCUGCGAUGAUCACCGAGGAUCCACCGACGGCAUGGAUGCAAUUCCGACUGCUCAUGGGCAAGCGACUGAGGCACCUGUCCCGCAACUACCGCCUGCUGCUCUACGUGCUCCUGCUGCCAGCUCUCUUCGAGCUGUGCGCCAUGUGGUUCGUUAGCUAUCGCCUGGAGGAUGACUUCGACACCGUCCUGCCCCUCAGUCGGUCGCUUUAUCCGAAGAGUGCUCAGUUCCUUUCCCAGGAGAUCCCCUCCAGCUUCUCGGAGAAACUGUAUCCCCGGCUGAGGACCUCUUGUGAUCUGCUAAGUGGUGACUCCUGCACGGAGUUCAAUGGCUCGGACAAGGCCUACGAUUGGGUCUUGAACUCCUGGGAUGAGUAUCGUGAGAGGCGCUAUGGAGGCUACGGGUUAAAUGGCUCGGGAGCGACAGUGUGGUACAACAACAAGGGCUACCACUCCAUGGUGGCCUGGCUGAACGAUCUCAACUCGGAGCUACUACGGACCACUUUGAACGACUCGGAGUUCGGGAUCCUUACACUCAACGAACCCUGGAAACUGGGCUAUGCCGAACUGAGCACCAGUUCGAUUCUCCGCCAGGCUGGUGACGGAUCCAUGGUCUUCAUCCUGCUGAUAGCCUUCGGUCUGGUGGUGGCCGCCGGAUCCGUUUACCUGGUCAACGAACGCGUCAAUGGCGAGAAGCUGCAGCAAAGACUGUGCGGGGUGAGUGCGGUCACCUACUGGAUGGUAGCCUUCGUUUGGGACUAUCUGGUGAUGGUCCUGGGACUGAUCGUCUGCCUGGCCGUUAUCCUGAUGUUCGGGAUGCCCGUCUUCGUGGACCGCCAGCAGCUGGUGGGCAUCAUUGGCCUGUCGCUGGCCUUCAGCUUCGCCUGUGUUCCGGCUGUCCAUGUGGCCGAGAAGAUCUUCAGCGACUCGAGCAUUGCCAUUGUGUCGAUCUUCUGCGCCAACCUCAUCAUCCCACUGGUCACCAUGGGCAUCGUGCUGAUCCUGGGCGUGGUGGGCGAUGGUCCGGCGUGGGACAGCUGGCGCCACGCCCUCAACCAGGCCUUCCUCAUCUUCCCCAUCCACGCCCUGGGCGAUGGCUUCUUGGAGUUGUGCAAGAACUACAUGGUGGCCCUGGUAUUCCGGCGCUACGACAUCGACUCGUACAAGCAUCCGUUGGCCAGUGACCUGCUCGGGCGCCACUUUACCGCCCUCCUGCUGGUGGGCGUGGCCGGGCUGGUCCUCAACGUCCUAAUCGAAUGGCACCUGCUGCGGAAGCUGUGGCAGCGGGUGGAGCGCAUGCUGGACUGCACCUACCGCCGGGAGCUGGACAAGAUGGGCCAGCUGAAGCUGGUCAACAUCCAGAGCAUCUUCAAGAGCUGCGUGGCCGCCGGCGAGGCUGUGCGGGCCGAGAAUCUCUGGCUGGCCUACCGCCGCGGGCGCUACGCGGUGCGCCAGGUGCACUUCAGUGUGCAGCGGGGCGAGUGUUUCGGGUUGCUGGGCAAGAACGGAGCCGGCAAGUCGACCAUCUUCAAGCUGCUCACCGGGCAGCUGCAGCCCAACGUUGGACACAUCUACUUUGAGCAGCCCGGGGUCUCGUACUGCCCGCAGAGCAAUCCGCUGGACCCGCUGCUCACGACGAGUGAGUGCAUCCGCUUCUACGGGCAGCUGCGCGGGAUCCGCGACCUGGAGCAGUUCCUCGACCGCGUGCUGGACACCUACGAGCUGCGGCCCUACAAGGACGUCCAGGUGCGGAAUCUGAGCGGCGGCAACCGGCGGAAGCUGACGGUGGCCGUGACCUGUUGCGGCUGCACGCCCACCGUCCUGAUGGACGAGCCGACCAGCGACAUGGACCCGGUGACCCGGGACCUGGUCUAUGCCACCAUCGAGCAGCUGCUGCUGGCCCGUCGGGCGGUGGUGCUGACCUCGCACUCGGUCUCGGAGAUCGAGCACCUGUGCCAGCGAGUAGCGGUGCUCCGGGCGGGUCAGGUCAUCGCCAGCGACAGUCCGGAGCGGCUAAAGUCGGAGCACGGUGGCUACUAUGCCGUCACCUGCUUCUGCGGUCCCGCCCAGCAGGCCAUCAUCUCGAGGAGUCUGGGCCAGCGGGUGCCGGGUGUGCGGGAUCUGCAGCACUAUGGCCACAGCCUGAGGUUCCUCGUGAGGAUCCGAUCGCCUGGAGCCCCGGGCGACGGUCCCCUCCUCUCGGAACUCUUCGCCGCCCUUCGGGAUCUCUGCGUGGACGUGGCUCGCUUCUCGCUGAGUCGCUGUCGCUUCGAGAGCGUCUUCGAGCGCAUCCUGGAUAGCUGCGAGGCCAAUGGCACCAAUGGUGUCUACAAGGAGCGGCAGCAGGAUCUGCCCAGCAAGUCACCGGCCGUCGGCGGCUCCCUGGAAACCGGCUAUAUUCACUGUGGCUACGAGGAGACGAGAACGUAAACUACUCGGCCAUGUUCUCAUUUUAAACCAAAAAGGACUAAAUUCAACUCCCCUUAAUUUGUUUUUUACACAAUAAAGGCUUUUAUCUGUGACACUUCCAAGAGAUAACAUAUCAAAAUUGUAGAAUUACUCUAAGAAUUUACGAAAGUGUCUUUGGAACUACUUUGAAAAACAUUUUUUUACAAGUUUAUUUGAUUUUGUAAAAUGUUCGUCACUUUACCUACUUAUGCCUGACAAAUUGAAUUAGAAUAUUAGAGCGGUAUAUGUUUUUCCCUGACAAUAAUGUCUAGAUAUUUCAUAGGGCCUUGACAAUAAUAUUAUUACAUGCAGUCAAUUUUAAACUAAAUCGAACCAACUAUUGUAUAAAUAUCCAACAAAAGCCUGUACAUUUAUAUCCCCCUUCAUAUUUUUUUUUAUGUAAUAGGUAGACCAGUUUUUUGUGAUAAGAUGUGAUAAGUUGUGCCCCCACGCGGCAAAAAUUCACUUAAUUUCGGGUGUUCUGCUUAGCCAUUAAGAGUCCCUCCCUUGCCCCAAAAUAUUAUCCCCUAGAGCUUUAAUAAAUAUGUACUGUGCGCGUGAAAUUUAAAUAAAUUUACAUUUAUAUAGGUACGUGUAUAUGUCAAGGCGGAAUCCUUAUAGGAUCUGCCCGAAGUUUUGUAUUGCAAUUUGAUAACUAAUAAAGUGAACGAUGUAUAUAUAUUUCAA